UUAUGUUUCGUCUCUACGACACUGAUGGAAAUGGCCUCCUGGACAGUUCGGAGCUGGAUCGUAUCAUCAACCAGAUGGUGCACGUGGCCGAGUACCUGGAGUGGGAUUCCACCGAGCUGAAGCCGAUCUUGAAGGCAAUGAUGGAGGAGAUCGACUACGACCAUGAUGGGACUGUGACGCUGGAGGAGUGGAUCCGGGGUGGCAUGACCACCAUCCCCUUGCUAGUCCUCCUGGGGAUGGAGACGAAUGUGAAGGACGACGGGCAGCAUGCCUGGAGGCUGAAGCAUUUCAAGAAACCUGCCUACUGCAACUUCUGCCGCACCAUGCUGCUGGGGGUCCGCAAGCAGGGCCUCUGCUGCUCCUAUAUCGCCUCCUGCAUCAGCACCUACGUGAAAUCCAAGAGAAACGCGAGCUGCCCCUCACCCCGAGCCUUGCAGGUGAUGCAGCACACCUGGAUUGAGGGCAAUUCCCCCAUCAAGUGCGACAGAUGCCACAAGAGCAUCAAGUGCUACCAGGGCAUCACCGGCCUGACCUGA